AUGCCACCACAAAUACCAAUUCUCCUCCUCAAAACAAAAUCCUCCCCCGAGGAUGGCUACGCGGACUUCUUCUCCGCCCACGGCUACACGCCGACAUUCGUCCCCGUGCUCGAGCACCGCGUCCACGAGUCCAAUCUCGGAAACGUCCGCGCAUUGCUCGCGGCGCACGCAUUCAGCGAUGUCACGCGCAACACACCGAUUCGGGGAUUCGGGCGCCGGAAAUUUGGUGGCUUGAUCUUUACGAGUCAGAGGGCUGUUGAGGCUUUUGCGGGGAUUUUGGAGGCGGAGGGUGAGGGUGAGGAUAAGGAAACAAAAGAGAUCAACAACUUGGAAGAAAUAAGCAUUCCCCUCUACACCGUCGGCCCCGCCACAGCACGCAGCCUGGGCAACCUCGCAACAAGUUACCUCCCAAACACAAGCAUCCACGGCGCGGAAACAGGAAACGGCGAGAACCUGGCCUACUAUAUACUGGAUCACUAUAAUUCUCUGUACCCAGACAUGUUCAACCGUCCGCCGCUCCUCUUUCUGGUCGGUGAGCAGCGAAGAGAUAUUAUUCCGAAACUGCUUAUGGAGAGCGAGGAUACGCCGCCGGAGAAGCGGAUUCUGGUUGAGGAGAUUGUUGUUUAUGAGACUGGUGUUAGAGAAGGGUUUGAGAGCGAUUUUGGGGGGGUUGUUUCUUCGGUUGGGACUUCAGAUGGAGAUGGGAAGGGAAGUGAGAAGAAGAACCCGAUCUUUGUAGUCGUCUUCUCACCAACAGGCUGCGAGGCAAUGCUCCGCGUGCUAGGAAUUGGCCCAUUCGCUUCUACCUCCGCGUCACCCGAAACAGAAGUGUUCAUUGCAACCAUCGGUCCAACGACACGCGACCACCUGCGCCAGAAAUUCGGCUUCGAGCCGCAUGUCUGUGCAGCGAAGCCCAGUCCCGAGGGUGUGGGAGCUGCAAUUGAGGAGUUUAUGGCUCGGCGGAGUUAA